GAGUUCGGUAGCCCUCGAACAAUUUUAGCAAUAGGGAAUUGGAUAUUAGAUCUAUGUUACGUAUUGUGUAUGGUCGUACAUCUGUUAUAUUAUUGUACGUACACAAUAUAUAAGUACGAAGUGUACAAACUUCGUUGGAUAGCACGUGAAUUUAUUCAGGUUAUGUUACAAUAUAGACUCUAGUUAUGUGAUUGUACUAAAUGAUUAAAAUAUUUAUUAAAUUAACUUCCUUAUGAAUUGUAGUAAAUGUUAAUAACAAAUAAUAUGAAAUUCUCUACUAGUUCAAUAAAAUCUUGUGCUGCCCGUAUUGGGACGUUAACAGAAUUUGAAAGAAUUCCUAAUGCCAUUUUUGAAACUCCUCUUGCUCUUAUUUAUACAAAGGGAGGUUGUGUGCCGCAUUUAACUAAGGAUGUUUUUAAAAUGGUUACUUCAGACCCACAAAUGUUAUCUGUUUCUCUGUCUUCCACGUAUUUAAUGCUGGAAUCAAUGAAGGAUAAUAAUGUUAAUUUUGCAAAUUUUGUGGGUAUGAAGGAGUACAUUAAUUUUGUUACAAUACAUGACCCAGCCUAUACAACGCCUUCAGGUUUUCGAGAAGUUAAUUCUAUUCCCAUAUGGACAAGAGGUGGAAAACUUACAUUAACACCCAAUAUGUAUAUGAAUGUUAUUGAAACAUUUAAACCAGACAUGUAUGUUGCUUUGUGUGAUGGAGAUACUAAUAUCAAUAGUAGUAAAAAAAGAGUAUCAAAUUCUGUACAAAAUAGCAUGACAUUCUUUGAUCAAUGUUUUACUAAACAUUCUUCAUCUGAAGCAUUGAAGUCCUCUGAAAUAUUAGGUGCAAUUGAAGGUGGUUAUGAUAAAGGUGCUAGAACAAAAUCAAUAAAUUAUUUAAAAACUAAACCUGUAAUAGGAUAUGUGAUUGAUGGAUUGCAUAAUAAUGGACCAGAUGUAAAGAAUAUACCAUCAGAACAAAUCAGAGAAAUAGUACAACACACAAUUAAUCUUUUACCUCCUGAAAAGCUUAAGGUAUCAGUGGGAUGUUGGAAUCCCCUUACAGUAUUAGACCUUGUUGAAUUAGGUACAGAUAUAUUUGAUACUUCAUACCCUUAUAUAAUUACUGAAAAUUUAAGGGCUUUAACUUUCCUAUGUGAUCAUGAUGACUGUAAUAAUGUAGGUCAUACAAUAUCAUUUACAGAAGAAAGCAGAUAUGCGGAUGACUUUUCUCCAAUAUGUUCUCACUGUGAAUGUCUAACAUGUAAAAAUCAUACCAAAGCAUAUCUAUAUCAUCUGUGUAAUGUUAAGGAAAUGCUUGGUACUGUUCUUUUAAUGAUACACAAUGUACACCAAUAUCUCGAAUUUUUUAAGAUUAUUCGAGAGAGCAUAAAAUGUGGCAUUCUUGAUGAUUGCAAAAAGAAAAUUAAUUUAAAAUUUAAGCAAGGCAAUGUCGCUGAAGCAGAUGAACCUACAGAUAUAAAAGAAACUAAAUCUUCUAGUUCAUAACACAGCUUUAAAAAAGUA